GGCCGGUCUAAUGUAGGCAAGUAGAGGCAGCGUGGGGGAAAGGAAACGUGGCUCUCCCUUAUCAUUUGUAUCCAGAUUACUGUACUGUAGGCUAAAAUAACACAGUAUUUACAUGUUAUCCUCUUAAUUUUAGGUUUCUGUUCUAACCUUGUCAUUAGAGUUACAGCAGGUGUGUCACAGGAGACUGGUGCAUAUGCUUUUUCCACGAGUGUCUGUCAGUCAGUGAGCGGGCGGGAGGAAGGGCACAGCAGGAGCGGUCAGGGCUCCAGGCAUCCCCGGGGAAGAAAGGAACGGGGCUUCACAGCGCCUGCCUUCUCUAGCGGCACAGAAGCAGCCAGGGGCGCUGACUCCCGCUAGUGUCAGGAGAAAAGUCCCGUGGGAAGGGUCCUGCAGGGGUGCAGGGGUGCACGCAUGUGCGGGUGCACAGGCGCUGUGGCGGCGAGUGAGGGUCUCUUUUUCUCUGCCUCCCUCUGCCUCACUCUCUUGCUAUCGGCAUGGGCCGGGGGGAUUCAGAGCAGUGUCCUCCUGGGGUUCCCACGUGCAAAAUCAACAUCAGGAACCCAGCUUCAGGGCAUCGCGGAGACGCGUCAGAUGGCAGAUUUGGAAAUGCAGCGAUGUCACCAGGGUGUUGUGGUGGACAGGGAAGCCCCUGCUGUCAUGGCCCCACAUGGGGAAGAACGCACAGAGGGCAGGAGCCUCCUGUUUGCAGACGUUGGCGGGCCCCACGGCUCCCAGAGCAGCCUCUGUCACCGCUUCUGUGUAGCAAACAUUAACGAUGACAGGGGUAGAAAUUCUUCGGUGCCGUUCAGCUUACAAGGAUCAGCCAUGCCUUCGUUGGAAGUGUUGUUUACAGUAAUCCUUACCAAGAUAACAUACUGUCCUCCAGAAUACCAAGUAUUAGGUGACACUAGCUCAAGCUGUUGUCUUCAGAGCAGUUACCAAGAAGCUCGGUGCACAGGUUUUCUCUGGCUCUUACAGGAACCACCUACUCUUUCAGUUUUCUGGUCCAGGAGUGGGGUAAAUCCUUUAGUUAGUGCAUUCGAACUUGAUACCUGUGCAUUCAGUUCUGUGAAUACUGCCCUUUUUGGCGGGGUUUCUUCAUCUCCCCAGCCUGAACUGCUCAACUGUAAACCCAAAUUAGUGUCAGCCGAAAGGAGGUUUCAAGAUAGUCCUGUCAGUAUUUGUGGUGACCUUCAGAUUAGACAGUCUUCAUUUCCAGCCAGUGGAGUCCUGGCUCCAGAGCCAUCUCUGAGACUCGUACCACUGGAUGUUUUCAUAUCAGAUCAUUACCCACCAAACUUCCAAUCGUAUGCCUCCCACAGGCCAAGGGAGAACAGACACCAGAACUUGGGUUGAGGGCACUACCAGACUGACAUGGCCAGUACAGAGGAGAACUAGGGAAGGAAUGAUGUUUUGCACCUUAUUGAAAAGAAAAUUUUAAGUGCAUACAUAAUAGUUAAGAGCUUUUAUUGUGACAGGAGAACUUUUUUCCAUAUGCGUGCAUACUCUCUGUAAUUCCAGUGUAAAAUAUUGUACUUGCACUAGCUUUUUUAAAACAAAUAUUAAAAAAUGGAAGAAUUCAUAUUCUAUUUUCUAAUCGUGGUGUGUCUAUUUGUAGGAUACACUCGAGUCUGUUUAUUGAAUUUUAUGGUCCCUUUCUUUGAUGGUGCUUGCAGGUUUUCUAGGUAGAAAUUAUUUCAUUAUUAUAAUAAAACAAUGUUUGAUUCAAAAUUUGAACAAAAUUGUUUUAAAUAAAUUGUCUGUAUACCAGUACAAGUUUAUUGUUUCAGUAUACUCGUACUAAUAAAAUAACAGUGCCAAUUGCA